AUGAGUUCUUUCUGUGGGAAAAGAGGGGACUCUGCAACUUGCCAUUGUGGGUUUUGCCGGUUACCUUUACUCGCCAUUCUCAAGCCUUCCCCUCAAACUCAAACCCUAAUCUCCCAUGGCGGCCGCCACCGUGACUUCCAAGCGUCAAUGGCUUCCUUAAUUCCGAUUCCGCAUUUCACAAACCACGAAUCCCUGCCUCCAAUGGAGCAAUCUUUCUCGACCUUCAUCCAAUCGUUCCCGCAGUAUCUAGAAACAGAGCAGGCGGACAGAAUCAGAGAAGCAGAGUAUUCCCAUCUCUCCGUCUCCGAUCACGCCUGCCUCGAUUACGUCGGCCACGGCCUGUUUUCCCACCGCCAACAGCAGAUUCAAUCUCCGGACGCCGCCGCCGCGUCGACGUCAUCAUCUGCCGCCGUUCACUAUCCGAUUGAGAAUCCGUUCUUCGAAAUUUCACACAAGUCGAUUAGCCUCAACUUCGAGGUUAAGCACGGGAGCGGCUGCCCGGAAUCGGAACUCGAAUCCAGAAUCGGGAAGAGAAUCAUGCAGUUUAUGAACAUCUCCGACGAGGAAUACGGCGUCGUCUUCACGGCGAACGAGCCCUCUGCUUUUAAGCUCGUAGCGGACUGCUACCCUUUCGCGACGAACCGGAAUCUCUUGACGGUGUACGAUCACGAAAACGACGCCGUGGAGACAAUGACGAAGGCUGCAAUGAAGAGAGGAGCUCGCGUCUCGUCAGCGGAAUUCUCGUGGCCGGAGUUGAGAAUCGAAACGGACAAACUGCAGAGGGAGAUAGUGGGGAAGAAAAAGAGAAAGAACGAAUUGCAAAACAGAGGGCUUUUCGUUUUCCCGGCGAAAUCGAGAGUGACCGGCGCUAACUAUUCGUAUCUGUGGAUGAAUCUAGCUCAGGAAAACGGGUGGCACGUAUUACUGGACGCUUCAGCUCUGGCGCCGAAAGAAAUGGAGACAUUAGGGUUUUCACUUUUCAGGCCCGAUCUCUUGAUCUGCCCCUUCUACAAAGUGUUCGGGGAAAACCCAUCGGGGUUCGGUUGCUUGAUCGUCAGGAAAUCGAUUGCGGCUUCGAUUCUCGAAGAUUCCGAUAAAGCCGCGUCGAUCGUCCGGCUGAAUGCUCCGGCGGCUUCGAGUUUGGAAUUCCGAGGGUUGGACCACGCUGACGAAUUGGGGCUGAUUGCAAUCAAUGCGAGGGCGAGGCUGCUGGUGAACUGGCUGGUGAAUUCGCUGCUCCGGCUGCGGCACCCGAGCUCCGUCGGAGUGGGCGUUCAGUUGGUGAGGAUCUACGGGCCGGGGGUGGAAUUCGAUCGGGGGACGGCGGUGGGGUUCAAUGUGUUUGACUGGAGAGGGGAGAGGGUUGAUCCGGCGAUGGUUCAGAAGCUUGCGGGGAGGAAGGGGAUUUCGCUGGGAUGUGGGUCUCUGCGGAACUUGGGGUCGCCGGGGAAGAGAGACGGUGGUGGGAUUGCGGUGGUGACGGUGGCGAUUGGGAUGGUGACCAAUUUCGCGGAUGUGCACAGGGUGUGGGGACUUGUGUCGAGGUUUUUGGAUGCUGAUUUUGUAGAGAAGGAGAGGUGGCGGUACACCGUUCUUAAUCAGAACACUGUGGAAGUUUGA